AGCACUUAACACCAUUUUGCACUUUUUUGCAUGUUGGAUAAACCCCAAGAAGACAAUGAAAGAGAUUACUACUUUUCUGUUCUUGAAUACAGAGGGACGUUUCAAAGCAGCUUUAUUAACACACUGUAACCACUAGCAAUGCUAGUUUCCUCAGUUUCAUUUACAAGGAAACCAUAAAGGGGGAGUUAAGGACUGCUCUCACAGAAACACAGAUCAGAUACCAAACGGCAGCAGACUAACGCAGGAUGAUGAGGAUGUCAGGAAGAGUCACAAGUUGCUGUGUAGCUCUGUUCCUUGCCCUGGCCUCUGUGUCAGCUGUACAGAGGCUCAAUUCAAUCAACGAUUUGAAGAAAAUCAACUUUGGCCAAUCUGUGCCCAGGCACAGUCUUCUGCUGCUCCACUGGUUUGCCAAUGUAGUUAAUAUCGACAAUAACAAUGUCAUACGGUUGACCUUUUAUCCAAACAAUGAAGAUUAUGGAUCGCAUCAUUAUGGCAACUACGAGAGGCUGCUGGACCCACUGCCUCAUGGACAACGGUACUACACUGUGGGCAAUCUCAAUCAAGAGACCUCGGUGCAACUUCCAUCUUAUGUUGUCCAUCCCCGGACAGAGUAUGUGGGAACAAACAGGGACCGGAUCAUAUUCAGAGUCAGGGAGCAGAACACAGGACAGCAAGCUUUGCAGAGGAUAGACCGAGUGUACAUCACACAGCAUUAUGAGGCUUAUGAACAUCAGGGGACUAGGUAUGACCCACAACAUACAUACCAGGUCACUACCAACCUUUUAAGAGAGAUCAGACUUUUCUCGUUGGGAGAAAACCAACAGUCACUGUCGAAUCUCAGAGACCACUUUGGAAGUAACGCUGAUGAUUCCCAGUUAAGGCACAUCAGAAACACAUGGGGUAAACUGGCUUGUCUUGGACUGCUAGUGUUUAUUGUGAUCCAGGAAAAGUACUCCAUUCACCAACACAACAACAGACCUCAACGAGCUGUGAGAAGAAACAAACAACCUGAUUUUGUCGUGAACAUCCCAGACAACACAGGAAAUUAUAUGGAUGCUGUUGCUUCGGCGAAUUUACUAUUAUUUCAAGAGAAUCAGAGGGAAUGGAUAAAACUUGCGGUGACGACCGGCAGGAAUGGAAAUGCUAGGAUUCUUUGGAACAACAUUCCUGAACAUCGUCUAAAAGAAGGAGUGAUGGUAGUGCUUUUCAAGAACAAUGAUGACCAGGAAGCCAGCAGGACUUAUGAGUCAGUUGGGAACAGAGAAUCAGGCAGUUGUGACACCUCAGUACCCCUGAAUGAUGGCCUUCAGGCCAGGCUGCAUAAGGUGAGAAGAAAGUUCUGCCUCUGGAAAGGGGUGGGAGAGGAGAUAUGCAGAGGUACUGAGUUUAAGAAUCCCACAGCAGUCAAUAUAGUAGGCUACAACGCAAGACUACAGCUCUUUGUAAAAGAUGGUACGGCCUGUGUUCGUUUAUUUGUUAAGAAAACUUUCAGUGAGUGGAGGUCAGAAUUUGAACAGUCUUGGGUCGGGUUCUAUACCUCUGCAGAUAAAGCCACAAAUGACUAUAAAUGGUGGCAGUGGCAGUGGGCAACUAAAUUCAGACCUAGCACUGAUGUUGAGGAUUCCUCUUUUGAUGUAUACGAGUAUCACUCGGGUAUGGCAAUUGCCCCAGGAAUCCAAGCACGAUUCAUACUCAGGGGUGAGGAAGUUAUAGCAUGCACUCCAAGCUGGAGGUGAUGACGACUACUAGAGAUACACUGUAGACAAUCUUUUUAUACAAGAUGUAUUUGUAGAUGGAAAUUAUUAGCCCGAUUACAAAUUUGAAUUUAUCCUUUCAUGAGAAUUUCUCAAACAAAUUUAAGAGACAGUAUUCAAACCAGUGAUGUCAUAGUCUACACCUAUUGCAGUGUGUAUUUCAACACAAAUAUUGUUAAAUACUGCCCAGACCACAUUCAAAUAGCAGCAGUGUUAAAAAAUUCAAGGAAUCAUCUUUGUGCUCUGUGUUGUUGUUACUGUCCCAUUCAGACGUUAAACCACUCGCUCACUCAGCUCCCACUUAUUGUUGAUGCAAUGCAAAGUGACACAAAAGUAACUGAUUUUGCGGUAAUCAUCUGUCCAUGUAUCCGAAUUGAAUGUCACGUUACUAUCAGUCAGCUGCAUUCUCAGGUCUUGAAUGAUGAGGAAUUUAGGGGUUGAACUUUGUGUGCAUUUGCAAAAAAAAUCAUUGUGGCUAAUUAGGUUUGAUAAGAUUACACUGGUUUAGAUGUUAAAAAAAAAAAAAAAAAAUUUAAAAACAUUUUUUUUUAAACUGUAAAAUAAAAUUGUGCCUUUAUUUUCAUGUUUUUUUUCCCUUCGUUUCUAUGUUUUUGAUUUUGUUCAUUUUUACCAGUUUGAUUUUCAAGUCACUCCAAAAUGUUGUCCUGUUGUAUGCUUUGUUUUGCCUCCAUAUGAUUAUUAUUAUUGUGUACAAUACCGUAUAGGCCAAUUUUGUGAAUUUUGUUCAGUUAAGAUUGAGAUAUAGGCUCAGUAUGACAUGCUUGUGAUUAAAAGCCGAUGACUUUAAAUCUCAAACUGUGUGUCAUGAAGGGCUGAGUCGUCAAGAUUUUGGUGCAGUCCGGUCAGUCAAGUUUAUUUCAGACUACAGGACCAGAUUAAAACCUGCAGACUGACAUUUGCUGUAAAUAACAUUUGGAUGGAUCUUACCUGCCUGGAAAAAUUACACCCCAAAAGAUCAAAAACAGGAUGGCAGUUUUAAGUUUUAUUAGACCAAGAAGUGACAAUGCGGUUGUACUUCACCAAAAACCACAUCUGGACAUUUUGAGCUUUAUAGCUCUAAUUGCACAAAUGCAGUUAGUUAAUAAUAGCACUAACUCUUAUCUAAGUGUCUCUUUUGUAUAUCAUUAUGCACUGAAAUGGCAUGGUCAUAAAACUCCAGGCUUCAUUCAUACAACAAUGUCAUGCUCCAGCACAUCUGAUCUAAUAGUAUUGACUCACCACUGCAUCAUCCUGUGUCUGAUAGAGGUGAACAGAAUGUAAAUAGCUCUGAUUGAUAAAUGAAACAGAUAAGUGAAAUGAUCUAUGGUCUGUUAAGG